CGAACGUCCUUACGCACGCUCAGCAAGCUAUGCGGUCAGAGUGGCCUCGUACCUACAAGCUAUAGGUUAUCAGAACUCGUGAGGGUCGGAGAAGAUCCGCCCUGUUCUGGCGGAUUUGCAGAUGUAUACCGAGGAUCGUACGACGGCAGGGCCGUUGCCCUGAAGCGGCUGGAUCAUCCGCACAUCGUCCCUUUCGUCGGCGUAGAAUCGGGCAAUCAAGCGUGUAUCGUUUCGGAAUGGAUGGAUCACGGUGACGUUAUGUCGUAUCUCGAACGCUUUCCGCUCGCCAAUCGCAAACAACUGAUCAUGGACAUCGCCCGUGGCUUGGAGUACAUGCACGCAAGCGGUCUUGUGCACGGGGAUCUUAAGAGCGUGAGCUCGCUACCGCAUGAGAAACCGAUAUAUGCUCAUCAUGACUCAGCGCAACGUCCUUGUUGA